AUGCAUUACUUCCUGUUUCCUUUGUUACUUUUGGUAAAUAAAGUAUCAAGUGGAUAUAUCAAUCGUCAUACCUAUAAUUUUACUCUUGCUUACGCUGAUAAUUCGACGUCGGUUUUACUCGUUAACAGUCAGUUUCCUGGUCCGACGAUCCGAGUGAAUGUGAACGAUAUCGUUAUUGUGCAUAUCCAUAAUGCACUUCAUACGAUGGAAGAAGUAACCAUUCAUUUCCAUGGCAUGCUUCAACGACAAACGCCACAAAUGGAUGGUGUUGGAUUCGUUUCUCAAAUGCCUAUUCCACGUGGACAAACAUUUACUCAUGUUUUUCAAGCCUAUCCAGCAGGUACACAUAUCUACCAUUCUCAUGCAGGUUUACAAGCUGUAACGACAUUUGGAGCAUUGAUUGUUGAUGAUCCCGAACGCCCGUGGGAAAUUCCUGAAGCUCCAUCUGGACCAAUCGCAUUUUCCGAUGAAUGGAAAGGCGUUGAUCGUUUGAUACAAGAACAGGGAUUGAUCGGAUCGCCAUUUAAAUGGGAAGGUGAACCAUCACAUUUAUUGAUUAACGGUCAGAAAAGUUUCGUCUUAACUCUUGACCCUGGUAGAACGUAUUUAUUACGACUACUUGGUGCAACGAGUCUGUCAACUGUUGUUUUUGGUAUUGCUCAACACCCGAUGACUGUGGUUGAAGUUGACGGUAAAUUAGUCGUACCUAAAAGGAAUAUGACAUCAAUUGAAAUCGCUUCUGGGCAGCGGUAUGCAGUUAUGAUUGAAACUAAAAAUGAAUAUACCGGUGUUUAUGCAAUGCAAGCAUCAAUUCGAUGGCGACUUGCAGCAGCCAAUUCAAGCUGUAUUGGCAUUCUACGAUACGGCUUACAGUCAGCCAUUCCAGCAAAUAUUUCUUCACUUGCACUACCUUCUCUUUCCAAUGAAACUGAAUUACUUUUAUUUUCUUUCAGUCAACGCUAUCAAUCGUUGCUUCCUGAUGAGAAAAUGCCUCCAGGAGACCAGGGUCGUCCAGAUAUGGAAAUCAUUCUAGUUGCAACACAAGAGUACACUGCAGAUGGUAAAGGUAUUCGUUGGCUAAGUAACAAUGCUACAUUUGAUAUGCACCGCCUACAAAACUUAUCGACGCCACUUCUCAUGGACUUAUAUCAUGGAAACGAGGAAAAUCUUCCGAAUGACGUCAUCUACACGCUAGGAAGCAAUCAACUGGUCGACAUUGUUAUUCAAAACACAGUAGCAUUGAACGGAGUGUGCGAAUCACAUCCAAUGCAUAUGCAUGGACAUAAAUUUUGGAUACAUUCGUAUGGAACAGAUUUAUACGAUCCAGCUCGAAACAUUCUGCCGGAUAGACGCGAUCCAGGUUUACGAGAUUCACUGAUGGUGUAUGCAAGUUCUUAUGCAUAUUAUAUGCCGAAUAGAAGUGUAUCUAAUCACGGAAAACCGUGUGGUUGGACAAAGCUGCGUAUGAUUUCUAACAAUCCCGGUUUAUGGAUGUUUCACUGUCACAUUGGUGCACAUUCAUUCAUGGGUAUGAAUGUUCUUCUUAAAGAAGAUAUUGAACAUUUGUCAAUGACAUACUUACAACAAAACUGA